CUAAGUCAGAAUCCAAAUAUGCCACGUGGUUUUAAAUGAGCCAAUAGGCACACAGCUUCCAACACCCACCCAUCCCCUAAUUGACUUAAUUAGCCCAGCCUGUUGCUUUUUCCUGCAGUGGGAGCCUCUCAAUCCUGUUGCAGACCACACGGACAGAACCAGAACCCUUGUGUUUCCCCAUCAGAACCAAAGAGUCCUGGAUAUGAGACGUUCUGACAGAAAUAAUCAUUUGCUCCCAGUAAAGUUCCACUGCCAGGAGGCCGAGAGCAACAAGAUUGAGGGGAGUUGCCACAGGGAAUCUGCACGGGGUCGGCAUAAGGGCUCCCACAGGAAAGGAAUGUGCCUGGUCCCCCUGGGGACCCCCCAUGACCUCAGCUCUGUUCUCUGCAUGGUCUUCUCCCCAAGGAUCACAGUGCCCAGCAGGUUAGAGGAGGAGUCUUUCCUGGUCAUCAGAGGAUCUCGCAGGUUACAAUGGACUUUUCUAAAGAACUUGUUCUGCCCAGACACCCCCCGCUCUACAGAGGGACCCCCAGAGCCACAGAUAUCAGAUACAGGAGAGUCCAGGAGCAACAGACAGAGUAUCAAUGGGCUGAUCCCAUGUUGGCGAGGGGCGGUACAAGAAGGAGAUUUGUCACUGGGUUUGAGUGCAGAUGGGGCGCGGGCAAGAAAACCACAUACAGCCCCUCUCACUGGCACCAACGUGUUUUCAUACGACCUCCAGCCAGAACGGGAUAUCCUGGGCUGGGAAGUGACGGCCACGUCGGGAGAGAAGGAACAGCCUCAUGUGGUUUCCAUCGGAGAGCUGCAAAACUCCCUGAAGCUGGACUUGGAGAAUCACCAGACUUACCUGACGGAUAUAGAAUCUCGCUUGGCUGGUCUGGAACGUCGGGCUGAAGAUGUUACCAAACACUUAGAACGUGCCAAUCUUGAGCUGAAAGCCCUGAAGCAGGGCAGUAACACCCUGAAGAACCUUGUGGAUCAGGAGACAGGUGUUUCUGGGGGCAGAGACCAAAGGCAAUGGGAGGAUCAGCCCAUUAUGGGAAACCUGAAAAAACCAAACUGCCACCAUCUCACUUGGAACAAAAAUCUGAUUAUUCCUCCCAAACAAAAGCCUGGGAACCAAAUUGCCCCAGAGUCUCGCAGUCCCAGCCAUAAAGACGUUAAUGACUUUUCCACAAUGAGGGCACAGGGUGACCAAAAGGAGGUACAGAAGUGCAUAUUCCAGUGCCAAGCCCAGAUUGAUGCUCUCAUGCAUCGGGUCAACAAGCAGAUUCAUCACAUUGAAGGCAAAAUCUUCUCCAGGAAAAAACCCUGCCGGGGCCUUAACAACAGAGCGAUCUAACGGAAAGAAGAUCUGAAGGACCUGGAGCCAUCAGGACAUCCUCCAGAGUAAGGGGCAGGUACUUAUUCACUGAUCCCCCGAGUGGCCUGUUCCUCUGAUGUGCCCGUUGGCUCCAUCUAGUUGAUUCGCCAAGCUGGCUACCCACUGGCUCUUCCAAAGAAUGGAAAUCACUGGCUGGUAAUGCCCAUUUUAAACCUGAUUCAGACAAGCUCCUCACAGUUCUGCUUUUAAUGAAUCUAACAAGUUGUUAUGGAAUGUUAAUCUAUGCUGUAAUUAAAUAUUUAUAUUUUGCACAAUAA